AUGUUCGCGCCCGGCGCCGCCCAACUCGCCGACGAUUUCCGCAUCACAAGCAGCACCAUAGUCACCUUUACCGUCUCAAUCUAUAUUCUAGGCUACGUUUUGGGCCCUCUGUUUCUGUCACCCAUGUCGGAGCUCUACGGCCGCCUGAUCAUCUACCGCGCUUGCGGCGUCGUCUACACCAUCGUCACGGUCGGCUGCGCUCUGAGCACAAAUACAGCCAUGUUUCUCGUCUUUCGAUUCAUCUGCGGCUGCGCCGCAUCGGCACCACUAGUCAUCACCGGCGGCACGAUUGCGGAUCUUUACGUGCCGAGCGAGCGUGGUACAGCCAUGGCGUUGGCUUGCAUUGGUCCGCUGCUCGGUCCGGCUCUGGGGCCUGUCAUUGGUGGUUUUGUCGCCCGAGAUUUAGGAUGGCGUUGGACAUUUUGGUUCAUAUUGAUACUGGCUGGAGCGGCAACAGUUGCGACUUUCUUCCUGAUGAAGGAGACAUUUGAGCCCGCUCUGCUUAAACGCCGAGCGACCAUAGCGCAGACCGUCAGUGACAGCAAUGGAGCCUACGUCACAGGACCUUCACCUACUCAGCUUCUCAAACGUACCGCAAUCCGUCCGCUCAGGAUCCUCUUUCUCUCACCUGUCGUGUUUCUUUUGUCCCUGUACACCGGAUUUAUCUACGGGCUUAUUUACGUUCUGUUCACCACCUUCCCAGACGUUUACAUUGGCAGGUAUGGCUUCACUACUGAGCUCUCAGGCCUUGUCUACCUGGGUCUUGGACUCGGUAUGCUUGUCAGCUUGAUGUUUUGUAUUUUUCUUGGCGACAGGCUCAUGGCGAACGGCACAACAGGACGCUCACGGGAGCCAGAGAGGCGGCUUCUCCCCAUGCUCUGGUUCUCGCUUGUUCUUCCCGUCGGCUUCUUUUGGUAUGGGUGGAGCGCCUACAAGGCUGCUCCAUGGAUUGUUACGAUACUGGGGACUCUACUGAUUGGUGUUGGCUCCAUGAUGAUUCUCAUUCCUGUCCAGUCGUAUCUUGUCGACGCAUUCGACUGUGAGGCGGCUGCGUCAGCUAUCGCAGCUGCGACUAUUGUUCGCAGUCUCUUUGGUGCUUUCUUGCCACUUACUAGCGCUCCACUGUAUCGAGCUCUUGGUCUCGGUUGGGGGAACAGCUUGCUUGGCUUCAUUGCAUUGACGUUUUCGCCUGUCCCAUAUCUUUUCUAUAGAUAUGGGGAGAGGCUGAGGGCCCAAUUCACCAUCAGACUGUGA